UGUGAACCGGGUCCAUGCAAGACGGAUUGAUUAUUUUUCAUGUUCUGAUUUGGAGAGUUGUUUGGUUGACAGAAAAUAAGGAAAUUAGGAGCAAUGAAAGUUCGUUCGGAAAUUGAAAUCUCAACAAAACGUGGGAACUUAUUGAUUCACCCCUUACCCAUUCAGAAUUCCCACAUAAAUUCAUAAAAUUCUUUGAUGUUAUUUAGCCCAAACGUGUAAUUCCUCCCACUUUCUUCAAAUGCAUAAAUUGUCCAAAAUGCCCUCAUUGGAGUCCAAAAAGGACUCUAACAGUUGCACGCUGAGCUAACUCCAAUUCGACAGAAAAAAACUUUGUAUACCCAGAGAGUAAAAUACCCACCAUUUCUUCUAAUGAAAUUCAACUCAAUAUAAUAUUUCUUCUAAUGCUCUAUUAGUAGUGUUUUGUCUACCCAUUGAGUAGGGGUUGCAAUGUCCGAUCAGCCACCAGUUCAGUUUGAUUAAUUAACAGUUUAUCUUGCAAUAAAAAAAAGUAAAAAACGAACAGAAAUGAAAAGUUAACAGAAGAAUAGUUGUUUGCCGCGAACGCGCCGUGAUCACAAAGCGAACCUUCAUUCCAUAAUCAAUGCCAAACAACUCAACUCUCUCUUUCUCUCAAUCUCACGCCAGAAAUUUCGAAAUUUCUAGGGUUUAAAUUCUCAACUAUUAACAAUUUUGGUACAUUCUAUCUCACUCCAACUUCCUGAUGUUGCGAUCACUUUGGCGGUCUUUUGAUCGCUUCUCUCUCCAAUAUUUCAAGUAUGUCAUCAAUGAGUUGCAGGGGAUCGAAGUUGUUGACACAUCUAACACGGAAGUAGUUGUGGACAUAUUACAAUCUAUUGUAGAGAUAGUUACAUAUGGUGAUAGGCAUGACCCAUCAAUCUUCGAAUGUUUCAUGGAAUAUCAAGUUUUGGCUGAGUUUGUCCGCAUGCUUAAGAUUAGUAGGAAUACAAGGAUUCAGGCAAAAGUGCUUCAGUACCUGAGCAUAAUGAUACAGAAUCUACACAGUGAUCAUGCAAUUUACUAUUGCUUCAGCAAUGGGCACAUUAACAGCAUCAUCACACAUGAGUAUGGGUUCCAUGCCGGUGAUUUAGCUUUGUACUAUGUUUCCUUUUUAAGGGCAGUGAGCAGUAAGCUGAACAAAGACACCAUCUGUCUUCUUUUAAAAGUCCAAGAGGGUGUUGUUACAUCAUUUCUUCUUUAUACCGAGGCACUUCGAUUUGCACACCAUGGGGAAAAGAUGAUUCAAACAGCCAUACGUUCUCUCACCCUCAGCAUAUAUAGUGUUAGUGAUGAUAUGGUCUGUCAAUUUUUGAUGGCACCUCCAGUAUCUCAGUACUUCUCUGACUUGGUUCUAAAGUUAAGGGAGGAAUGCGUCCAUCUAGAUAUGGCAAUUUCUAACAUGGGGAAAUAUUAUUCUUCUGACAAAAGGAAAGAGUUGAAAUCUGGAAUCGAUAAAUUCUUGGAUGACCUUUACUACAUUAAGGACUUACUUUGUCUUGGCAAUUCUCAUUUGAGUACGUUAGUCACUCAUAAGCUUCUAGGUUUGCUGGUGGUUCCAAUACUGAUCCCGAUGCAGUUGGGAAAAAAUACUGCUAUCAAGAUAUCUGCUUGCACUUCUCUGUAUCUACUUUCUCGUCUUCUUCAAGUGGUUGAUAAGAAAGAGAUCUUGGACUCUGUGGCCAGUCUAAUUCUGUAUCCUCAUGUGGUAUUGGGUCCUGUACUUGUUACUGAAGACUGUGCUGUUGACAACAGUCAAGUUAAGCUAUCUGCUGUACAUGGAAACAAUACUAAGGAAGCAUUUGGGCUUGUGUUGGAGCCCAAAUUAUUAGCUCACCAUCUCUUAAGUUCUCGACGGGACUGUGUGCAGGAGAGGGUUGGUAUACUUUCCUACAUGUCCUCUGACGACCAAGGCUUGUUGCUUGCGUCGUUAAUGUUGUUGCUUAUAUUGGCAGAAAGUAAUGAUCUGGACAACUUGUGGGCUUCAGCUUUUGGAUUCCGCCAAAAAGAAGCUGAGACCGAUGAUGCUGUAGAUUCCAAGCUACUUGAAGAAAUUACUUGCCUUGGUUGCAUGCCUCAGAUUCUGAAUGCCUUAUUAAACAACUUAGGAAGCUAUACUUCAUCUUCAAUGCUUACACAGUGGCAUGCUGCAUGGCUUUUGAUAAAGAUUAUUGAUUUGCAAAGAUCGAUGCUUACUCACCAUGAAUUGCAUCUAUUCAAUAUCAGUGUUCGGCUGAAUACUUCAUUUCAUCAAGCUCGCGAACAUCUUUUAAAUGAACUUAAUGAGUGCUGGUUUGAUUAUAUGCUGGAUACAUUUGAAAAAGAGUGGAUCAGCUGCAAGAAAGCACUAGAGGAGUCGCCUAGAAACAAGGAUCCUUCUUUCGUGUUAGAGAUUGCUUUUUAUAAGCAACCUUCCGAUGAAACAAGUAUUGGUGCUUGGCAAAGGAUGGUUGAUGCAGUCAAGAUAUUUGUUCUUCAUCUUCAGUUGAAGGCAUAUGUACUUAACGGAUGUAUACCAAUAACUCCUCCACUAAACUCAAGAACUGGUUCUUUAUCCAGUCCUCGAAGUUUUCAUGCUUCAGAUCCUUUGAAUGCCAACUUUGGGACAGAGGUGAUGUUAGGCUCUGGAAUCCCGUGCAAGAUUGCAUUUUCUAAAGUGGGAAUAAGGGAUAUCUACAUGCUACCUGUGGCAAAAGGAGCUUCUGGCAAAUUACUCCUGCUGGAGAAACAUCCUUUCCGUUCACAAACUGGAACUGUGCUGGCGGUAGCUCGUUUAGCUGGAUUGACGCCAAAGGUAGAUGAAGAGCGUGGAACAUGGUUGCAUCUUUGCAUAAGGGAAUUCAAUCCCGCGCUUUUGGGUAAAAACUGCAAUUCGAAGUCCCUCAUCCACGAGACAGAUGCAAGAUGGACUCUUGGUUUUUCCGAUGCAGAGGCAUGUGAAGCUGCUUCUUUGCUGAUAGCCGAAGAAACUUGCAAGCAGAGAUCCUUCAUUGAAAGUUUACUUGCUCCUUGCCUUUAUGAUAAUCAUGUUGGUGGAGAAGUGGAUAGACAGAUUCUUCUGGCGUCUUUUGCAAUUCCUUCCGUGAAGAUCUUAAAAGCACCACAUCAGUUUAUAAUCUUGAUUUACUGUUUAAAUUGGAAAAGGAAGGCCCCAAAUAAUGGUGACUGCUUUUAUUUGAACUUGUGUCUUUGGAAAAUGCCGAUAACAGGGACAAGUUAAAAAUCCAGGGUUCUCCAAAGCUGUCUUUCUUAGUCUUUGCUAUAUUGCUUUGGGUGGAGAGAUGAUCAGAGAGUUCUUAUAUUGUGGUUACUCUUUACUUGGGUAGACGAGUUUUGUGUGCUUAGGGGAUCCUCUGAUCUGUCUGUCAGCCAGCCCCAACAUCUUCAGACUUUAUUUUUUAUUUUUUCCAUGAAAUAGAGCAUAUAAUUCUUUGUGUGUGUGGUUUCAUGAGGAUACUUUGUAUGACCUGGCUUGAAAGAGAUGUGUGUAUUAUUGGAUGGGAAGGGAGCUCCAAGUGCUCCUUGUGAUGGAGCUUUGUUUCUAGCAUUAUGUAGUCGCUUGCUUUAGGUGCAUUAUAUAGGCUAUUUUUUUCUGCAAGGUCAAGCUGAUCUACAAUAUUGUUUGAUUUUGCUUAGAUGACUCCUCUUCUUCUCUAUGCUAUACUGUUCGGUCACUAAUUGCAUCAGUAUCUCCAACCUCCACCUUCCCGGGAAAGUACUCUUCAUACAUAAGUGAUAACACAUAAGUAUACUGUUUGCUCACUAAUGAAAUUGUUCUUUUCAUUCAUAAGAAA